UCGGCUGCUCUCGCCGGCACUUGGGCUACGUUCAGCAGUUGGCUCUGGUUUUUCCGUGCGCGAAGUGGUCCGUGAUGCGUUUACACUGUGCUCGUUGUAAGAAGGUCUUCUCGAAAGUUCCCUCCUCGGUAAGAGAACGGAAAAGGGACAAGAGAAUGCGGUACGGACUCGUGAGCAUUUUGCUGCUCUUGACAGUCAACGAUUGUGAAGUAAAUGCAGGUGAAAUCUGCCCGAAAGGUCAUUUUCCGUGCGACGCUGGAGUUCAAUGUGUACGCCAGCGAUUCAUGUGUGAUGGUCGAAAAGACUGCGAGGACGGUUCCGACGAACUCCGAUGCAGUACCGAGGAAAUGAAAAAGUACUAUCACCAGUUCUACAAGAAACGUCCUGACGAAGAUUUGGAAGAGAGAGGCGUCGAAUGCGCCUGGAUACACCCUGGUUGUAAAUGCAAGGAAAGGAGCUACUAUUGCGCCAACCUUGACCUGCUGACCAUUCCAAAAACGAUUUCGCCUCAUGCCCGUGAACUCGUUUUGGCUGGCAACUCGCUCAAUCAAGUGCACAGGACUGAUUUCCCUGUGCUAAAGCACCUGCAGAACCUAACUCUGGCCUCUUCAGGAAUCACUAAUCUCAGCGAAGAUGUAUUUGCGCACCUUCCCAACAUGAAACAACUCUGUCUUCGGGUAAAUGAGCUGACUUAUCUGAAGCCGAACACGUUUAGCAGCAGUUCCUUUUUGGAAGACCUUGACCUGUCCCACAACCCCAUCACCGAAAUCUCCCCGCGCGCGUUCAACGGCCUGACGAGCCUCUCGAUACUCAACAUGGGAAAUUGCUCCUUGACAAGACUUCCUUCGGAUAUCUUCCGCCCUCUCACUGCUCUAACGCGUCUAUUCCUCGACAACAACAGACUGAUGCAUCUGGAACCGCAUGCAUUCGGAUUCCUGACCAAGCUCAAAGCUCUGUCUCUCAUGAGGAACAACAUGACUCGACUAGAACAGGGCGUGUUUUCAGGCCUGGUCUCGCUCGAAACACUCGCACUUUACGACAACAACAUAUACAGCAUUCAGUCACCAUUCGAAGACCUGCAACAACUGCGCACACUUGACCUUCAGGAUAACAGCUUGGUUUCAAUCCCAGAUGACACCUUUUGGCCUCUCGUCAGUAUGGAGUAUCUAAACCUCCGCAAGAAUCCUCUUCGGUCCGUGACCCCACAGCAGUUUGCCCCAUUGAGCAAUCUCACUCACAUCUACUUCAGCGACUUCACCAUGUGUCACUCAGCCCUGCACGUCCGCGUAUGUGAGCCCAGAGGGGACGGCAUCAGUAGCCUAGCCCACCUUCUGGACAACGUAGUUCUCCGAGUCUCCGCCUGGGUCGUUGGAACCAUUGCCUGCCUCGGAAACCUUCUGGUCCUUGUGGGGCGAAUACUGUUCCGCGAGCAAAACGAAGUCCAUUCCUUUUACAUCAAGAACCUCGCCCUCUCCGAUCUCUUGAUGGGCAUAUACCUCAUCGUCAUCGCAUUCCAUGACGUCCAGUUCCGAGGCGAAUACAUCAGACACGACUACGUCUGGAGGCACUCCAUCGGGUGCACGCUGUGUGGGCUGUUGUCAACAGUGAGCAGUGAAGCUUCUGUGUUCACGUUGACCGUGAUCACUGUGGACCGCUUUGUGUCGAUCAUGUACCCGCUUUCCCUCAAGAAAAGAACGUUGUGGUUCGCUGUUUUCAGCAUGGCGGUUGUGUGGCUUGUAACUGUAAUGAUUGCUGCCGUUCCUGUCAUGUGGCCCGAUUGCUACGGCAAGGACUUCUACGGCAACAAUGGUGUCUGUUUGCCGCUUCAUAUACAUGAUCCUGCGUCGAGAGGAUGGAAGUACUCGGCGUUCGUCUUCUGCACAGUGAACAGCGUUGCCUUUAUAUUCAUCGCGUACGCAUACUUGGCCAUGUUCUUCACCAUCACGAAGUCCAAUGUGGGGUUACGGUCAACGCAACAGCUCCAGGACAGUGCUAUUGCCAAGCGUUUCGCCUUCAUCGUAGGCACAGAUUUCCUGUGUUGGAUGCCUAUCGUCAUUAUAAAGGUUGUCGUCAUCGCAGGAACCCCAAUUAGCGACACGCUGUACGCGUGGGUAGCUGUUUUCCUCCUUCCGGUGAACUCUGCCCUGAACCCCAUUCUCUACACGCUGACGACGCGCCUUUUCAAACAACAGCUGAGGCGGUUCCGGAAGAACCUCAGGUGGAUGCAGAAGUCCGCAGGAGAUGCCCAUUCUUGGUCCUCCAUCAACAGGUGCUCCAAGAAAACUCUGGUGACGACACUUUCGGAUCCUGAGGGCGGCACACCCAAGUCUGUCUCAGCAAGAAAACAACACACUUUUCCCCUCCGUUCAGUGGAACGCGGUCCACGGCGCGAUAAUGGUGAGCUGCCUGUGAAACGUCGCUACGAGGACUUCGUGUGACCAUCGCCGUGUGUUAAAAUGCACUUGACGCGAAUAUCGGAAUUGGAGGCGGACGAUGGCUCGACGCAUCCUUGUCGUACUGUAAUUUAUGUUCAGAGUGCGGUGCGACAUUCGAAUGGCAUUCUCAGCAACGGACCCAACUCGUCUGAUGCGGUUUGGACUUACGUACAGCAUUUUCAUUUCCAUUCACCUUUCGCUUCAUCGGAGAAUUCGUGAAGACAAUGCGGAACGUGACCUCAGUGAAGACUUGUGUUCGCCGAUUGAACUCUGGUGCUCAUACGGUGUCGAGAGUGACAUGCCUUCAUGCAAAGGACUUUCUUCUGACCAACAGCCUGACCGGUCCCACAAACACCACUGCCACUAUAGAGGCGAGGCGUCCGUGACCGCUUUUGUUGGUAGACAACAUGACUCAGGACAAUGUUUUGUGUGCCUCACUUCGUUCAGCACUUUUGUGUUCUUGUGCUUUACAUCACUUAAACUGACACAGGGAGAACCUGAUGAGUACAAACUCAUCCGCCGUUGAAACCAGCUACGACUCAGUUCCCCGAGGAAAACUGGAAACCUUUGUGGCAGGGAUGGGGGCGUUGGGUUGUAGCGGGACGUCACCUCUGGAGUUGGUGUCCGUGUUAGCAGGUCACGACACAACAUGAAUACUUGAUACCCACCUGAAGCAGAGUACCCUUCUGAGUAAACUUGAUAUCUUGAUGUCACUGUCCCUCUUUGCCCCUCCCAUUAACGUCCUCGUAACCCACCUGAAGAUUACAGCUUCAGUCAUCCUGCGUACUGUCAUCUCAUGUGCACCAUCGUUUUGUCAGUGAUCU